GCCGGCCCGGAGACCGCCUGCCUCACCCUCUGGGACGAGGAGGGUUUCCGGGGCCGUCUCUGCCGGCUGCUGAGCGACUUCGAGAACGUCAGCGAGCGCUGAGGCCUGCUCAGUGCGCGCUCCGUCAAGGUGGAAGACGGCGCGUGAGUGAUCACCGGCUGUGGCUGGGGAAAACCCUUAGCCUGGCCUCUCCAAAAGUCGCUAUCUGUCGUAAGACGAAUCGUGGGGAAGAAAUGUCCUCGUACGAGCUAAAGGGACAAAGAUGGGUGACCUUUGAGUGCCCCGAGUUCCAGGGACAGCAGUUCAUUCUGGAGAAGGGAGACUAUCCUCGCUGGAGUGCUUGGAGCGGCAGCAGCGGCCACCCCAGCAACCAGCUGCUGUCCUUCCGGCCAGUGCUCUGCACGGUGGGUGGCCUACCAGUACCCAGGCUACAGAGGCUACCAGUAUGUACUGGAGCAAGACCAGCAUAGCAGGGAGUUCCAUAACUACAGUGAGUUUGGCACCCAGGCCCACGCUGGGCAGCUGCAGUCCAUUCGGAGAGUCCAGCACUAGGCUCCACGGUCC